AUGCUUGCCAAAGAAGAAAAGUUUGUUACAAAUGCUGUAAAAGAUCUUCUAGAAAAGCAUACACUUUGGAAAACAUUGCGAAUAACAGCACUGGUACUUCGAUUUGUAACCAACUGUCGCAGACAGGAGAAGCAGACUGGGAUGCUGACAGCAGAAGAGAUAGAAUCAGCAGAGAUGUUUUGGAUCAGGGAGGUGCAGCAAGCUAAGGAGAUAAGGCCUGAUGUCCCACUGAAAAAGGAUCCACUAGGGAUAUGGAGAUGCCAUGGAAGAGUGCCUGACUACAAUCCGAUAUUUCUGCCACGAAGUAACACUUAUGUGGAACGACUAAUUGAGCAAUGCCAUAGAAGAAUGUUGCAUGGGGGAGUAUCUGUGACAAUGAGUUGCAUACGGGAAAGGUUUUGGGUACCUAAACUCCGCACAUUGGUGAAAAAGGUCAUUCACAACUGUGACAAGUGCAAGAGGUUUCGAGUGCAGGGAUUGGCAGCACCUUCAAACUCACAGCUACCAAGUUUCAGGUCACAAAUGACAGAUCCAUUUGCGUGCACUGGCGUUGACUUUGCAGGACCAAUCACGUACCGAGUGAGCAAGAAGACAGUUGGGAAGGCUUACAUUGCCUUGUUUACGUGCGCCACAACCAGAGCCGUGCAUUUGAAAUUAUGCAGAGACCUGACGGCGGAAGAAUUCCAGCGAGCAAUGAAGGAAUUCAUCGCAAGAAGAGGCACACCAAAACUAAUGGUUAGCGAUAAUGGCAAGACUUUCAUUGCAACCAAGAAGUGGCUGAGCAGGCUCAAGAAGAAUGAGGAGUUGAUGAACUACUUAGCAACUGACAAAAUCAAAUGGAGGUUCAACCUCUCACGAGCCCCAUGGUGGGGAGGAUUUUUUGAGCGGCUGAUUGGCACAAUGAAAAGAAGUCUCGCAAAGGUUAUUGGUAGAAGUAUACUCAAAUUUGCAGAGUUGGAAGAAGCACUUUUGGACAUAGAAUGCGUAAUGAACAAUCGCCCCCUGAGCUACCAAGGCGAAGAGUUCGAGACCCCAGUCAUCACGCCAAACAUACUGAUCAGAGGGCAACCAGCACAUAUGCUACAAGAGGAUCUGCACAAAAUAGGGGACGAGGAAACGCUUCCCAAAAGGAUGGUAUUUCUGGCCAAAAGCAAGGAGCAGCUACGAAAGAGGUGGUUGGGUGAAUACUUGUACGCGCUGGAGGAAAGAAAGCUCAAACAAAAUGGAAGUCACGUUGAAAUCCCGAAUAAUGGCAAAGUAGUGUUGUUGAAAGAAGACACAAAAAACAGAGCCCAGUGGAGAAUUGGAAGAGUUGCUGGAAAAAUUAUCGGCAGGGAUGGUGUCGUGCGGGGAUUAAAGAUCAAGUUAGGCAACGGUUACAUCGUUGAGCGACCGCUCCAACUUAUUUGCGAUUUAGAAGUUGGGGGAGAAAACUGUGCCGUUAAUGUCCAGUUGAAUCCGAAGGCUCAAGAGUUUACCAAGAAAGGCAAGAAAUGA